CUGUGCGCCUGCGUGCUGGCGGCUGCAGUGCCCGGCGGGGAGCCGGUCCGGAGUGGGCCGCGGGACCCUAAACUGUGGGGGGGCGUCUGGGACGCUGGGGAGCUCCCUUGCCGGGCCCAUGGCGGUCUGAUGGAAUGAGAAGGGUCGACUGUGAAAGUGUGACGUUGGGUGCUUCAGAUCUGGUCACUAUGGUACGAGAACGAAAAUGCAUAUUGUGCCACAUUGCAUACAGCUCAAAAAAGGAGAUGGACGAGCACAUGCGGAGCAUGUUACAUCACAGGGAACUUGAGAACCUGAAGGGCAGGGACAGUAGUCAUGAUUGCCGUGUAUGCGGGGUAACAAUAGUGGGACUCUCUGCAUAUGCAAAGCACAUUUCUGGCCAGUUACACAAAGAUAAUGUUGAUGCCAAGGAAAGAGAAGAAGAUGGAAAGGGAGAAGAAGAGGAAGAAGAAUAUUUUGACAAGGAGCUUGUUCAGUUAAUAAAGCAAAGGAAAGAACAAAAUUGCCAAGACAAGCCUUCCAAUAGCAGCCAAGAAAUAAACUCAGAUGGCAGACAACCGCAGUGGAGACGAGAAGACCGAAUCCCUUACCAAGACAGAGAGAAUUACAGUCAGCCAGCAAGGCAUCAUCGUGGCCCUCCACAGUGGGAUUGGAAAUGGGAAAAAGAUGGCUUUAAUAGUACUAGGAAAAAUAACUUUUCACAUCCUUUGAGGAAUAAUGGUGGGCCAAGAGGAUGUGCUGGGAGGCAUAAUGGGGUUAAAAGAGGCUCCUCAACUUGGUUUCACAACCAUAGUAAUUCUGGAGGAGGUUGGCAUCCAAAUAAUGGGAUGGUGGAUUGGAAUUAUAAUAGUCCAGGAAGGAAUUCCAGUUGGCAUUCUGAAGGAACAGGUGGUUUUUCCAGUUGGCAUAUGAACAACAGUAACGGAAACUGGAAAUCCAAUGCACGUAAUAUAAAUAGUUGGAAUUACAGUGGCCCCGGAGACAAAUUUCAACCAGGCAGAAACAGAAAUUCUAACUAUCAGAUGGAAGAUAUGAAUAUGCCAUGGAACAAGAAAGCCAAUAUGUCAAGCAAAUACAAUCAAGAGAGAUACAGUUGGCAGCGGCAAGAUAAUGAUAAAGUUGGUAAAGUUGCAGCAUAUAGAAGUUCUUCUGAAGGCUUUACCAGUGAUAGCUUUCUUUCUGAAGGUGUAUGUGACUUCAAUUUUGAGCAACCAGAAAGCCAGACUGCUAAACAGACAGAUGGUGCAGCUACCAAAACUGGUGGAAAGAAUGGCAGUGUAGCAAGGGAAAAGCUCCAUCGCUGGACUCCAUAUCCUUCCCAGAAAACUCUGGAUUCACAAUCAGGAUUGAAAGAAGCCACUAGUAAUAAGUCAGAAACAACAGAGAAGUCUCUCUUCAAUUUUAGUUUAAUAACUGCAGGACUACAGGCACCCUCAACUGAUGAAACUAAUAAUUCCCCAACACUAAAAACACAAAAAGAAAUACAUAAUGGAUCUCUUAAUCACAAAGUCCCUUCUGACUGCCCUGCUUCCUCUGAGGUGGUGAGAGAUUGUUCCAUUAUAGAAAACCCUAAACAAGGACAUAACUCAAAUAAGAUGCUCUCAUUGAAAUCUCCACUUCUUCAACUUCCAGCUACUAAAGCCAUUUCUCAAAAGCAAGAUUCAAAGACUCCCUCAAAAAACACCAAGACAAAUUCUUUUGCUACAGAAAACUCAAAUCCCUUGAACAAACCCACUUUAGAAAAUAACUAUAGUUCUUCCUUCAAGUCCAAAUUGCAUAGUUCAUGUUCUCGUGUUUUAAGAGCGAGUAAGACUGCAUCUGGCACUCAGGAAGAAUCUGAUGUUGACUUCAGUGAUACAGUACCAAAAGCCAAAGAAGUGCUACAGUGUCAUGACUCACUGCGAGAUCCAUCUACCAGCACCUUUAAAAGGACCAGGAUGUGUGCAAAAGCAAGUAGGAAUGUAGAGGAGUCUGAAAAAGGGUCUCUGAAGAUUGAAUUUCAAGUACAAGCAUUAGAAGAUAAAAGUGAUGAAGAAACAUCUGACACAGAAAAGCAUAGAACAAAAAUUGGAACCCUAGGUUCUGUAACUACAGAAGCUUUAUCCCGCAGCACUCCUGUUGUUGUUGAGAAAGAAGGGGAUGAUGACCAGAUCCUAAAAGUAUCUAGAAAACUUUCUUCCACCUCAUGUAAUUCCAUAGAUCCAGAGAAAGAGUCUGAGUUACAGAUGCCAUCUGCAGCCAGUCCACACUCUGGCUUACUACUAGAUUUGAAUACUUCUCUAGAAGAUGGCCAGGGUGACAGUCCUGUUAAAUCUCAUGUGUCUUAUGAGACAGAAACCUUUGAGAGCCAAACCUUUGGCUUGGAAGGAGAACUUAACAAAAGUGAUACUCAGCCUUCCAGUUCUCUUGUACCUGAACUAAGUAAGCUUGGCUUUCCUGCCUCACUCCAGAGAGAUCUAACCCGGCACAUGAGUUUAAAGAGCAAAGCUGGAGCACACCUUCCUGAGCCAAACCUCAAUAGUGCUCGCCGCAUUCGCAAUAUUAGUGGUCAUCGAAAGAGUGAAACGGAGAAGGAGUCUGGGCUCAAGCCAACCCUACGACAGAUUCUAAAUGCAUCUCGAAGAAACGUCAACUGGGAGCAGGUCAUUCAACAAGUAACCAGGAAAAAGCAAGAGCUGGGCAAAGGCUUACCCAGGUUUGGCAUAGAAAUGGUACCUUUGGUCCAGAAUGAACAAGAGGUCUUGGAUUUGGAUGAGGAGCCUGAUUUGUCUAGUCUUGAAGGGUUCCAGUGGGAAGCUGUUUCUAUUUCUUCAUCCCCUGGGUUGGCCAGAAAGCGAAGCCUUUCUGAGAGCAGCGUGAUCACGGACAGGGCUCCUGUGUAUAGCUUCUUCAGUGAAGAAGGUACUGGCAGAGAAAAUGAGCCCCAGGAGAUUAUUUCGCCUGGCAACUCACUGAAUGUUGCACAGAGUCAGAAAGCAACACUGUGCCUUAAACAGGAAGCAACACAUGUGGCUGCCUCCCUAAGAACUUGCGAAAGGGCUGAAAACUUUGCUAUUCAAAGACGACAUAGUACACAAUUGCCAUCUGACCAUUUGGCACCUUUAAUGCAUUCAGCAAAAGAUAGGAGUAACCAGGAGUGCUCUUCACUGCCACCCAAGACCCACAGUGCCCAGGAGGGCACUGGAGAAGGAAGCUGGCUGUCAUCAGAUGCGUCCUCAGUCCUUGCCAUCUCCAGCUUAGCAGAUGCAGCUACAGACAGUAGCUGUACCUCUGGUGCUGAGCAAAAUGAUGGCCAGAGCAUUAGGAAGAAGCGGAGAGCCACUGGAGAUGGAUCGUCUCCUGAACUCCCAAGUCUUGAGAGAAAAAAUAAAAGAAGAAAAAUUAAAGGAAAGAAAGCAGAACGAUCUCAGGUUGACCAGCUGCUGAAUAUCUCCUUAAGAGAGGAGGAACUAAGCAAAUCCCUACAGUGCAUGGAUAACAACCUUCUGCAAGCCCGGGCGGCCCUACAGACUGCAUACAUUGAAGUUCAGAGGCUACUCGUGCUUAAGCAGCAGAUAACUAUGGAGAUGAGUGCACUGAGGACUCAUAGGAUACAGAUUCUGCAAGGAUUGCAAGAAACAUAUGAACCUUCUGAGCACCCAGACCAGGCUGCUUGUAACCUCACCCAAGAACAGAGGAACAACAGAUCUCAGAUAUCUGCUGAAUCCACACUGCUGCCUGCUCCACUUUUCCCAGCUUUUCUGGAGCCAUCUCCUUCCCAUGUGUGCCCAUCACCUAUUGGAGCCCCUCUCCAAGUAACCACAUCUGCUGCCUUCCAAACCCAUGGCAAUAUCCUUGCUCCAGACUCAUCCAUUCAAGUUAAACAAGAGCCCAUGUCUCCUGAACAGCAUGAGAGUGUAAAUGCCAUGUUAGAAGGCUCUGCUUGCAGUGUACCCAAGGAAUUAUUGCAAGCUAAUAGAGAAUUCAGUGACGGUCAUGUAAUUAAUUCGGGCCUCAUGGCAACAGAAAGUUGCCAGGAGCCUAAGCAAGAUCUAAAGUUUUCUGUGGAGCAAGGAAAUAGCAGAAGCAGAGAAAACUCUCCCUCCUCCGGAUCACCUGAUCUUCCUAGCGUAAGUAAAGAAGGGGAAGAACCAACACAAUGCAACAGUGAGUCUGAGGCCUGUGGCAGUUCUUUUUUAAGAUUAUCUUCUUCAGAAAUCCCUCUGGAGAAGGAACCUCCCUCUCCCACUAAGGACCCUGAGCAACAGGCAGAAUCUACUCUGACGUCUCUUGAAACCAGGGGAAACAAGAAAAAGAAGAAACUUCGGAAGAAAAAAACACUACGGGCUGCCCAUGUUCCUGAGAACAGUGACACUGAGCAGGAUGUAUUUACUGCUAAACCUGUAAGGAAAAUAAAAACGGGCAAGUUACCCAAAGGUGGGAAAGUGACCACUUCCACCUGGGAAGACAGCAAAACUAGUCGGGAACAAGAGAGUGUCCGAGAUGAGCCAGAGAGCGACUCUUCUCUGGAAGUCCUAGAAGUUCCUCAUCCUCAAGUAGAAGUUGUAGCCAUUGAUUCUUCUGAAUCUGGAGAAGAGAAACCAGAUAGCCCUUCCAAAAAAGAUAUCUGGGGCACUGCAGAGCAAAACCCGGUAGAAACUUCCCGUUCUGGUUGUGAUGAAGUCAGCUCCACCAGUGAGAUUGUCACUCACAAGGAUGGUGUCCUUGUAAGUGUGGCAGAGACUCAGACUGUGAUCACCUCCCUAAAAGGCUUAAAGAACUCCUCAGAAGUAUCUUCAGAACCAGGUGAUGAUGAUGAGCCCACAGAAGGGAGCUUUGAAGGGCACCAGGCUGCAGUGAAUGCUAUUCAAAUAUUUGGAAAUUUAUUAUAUACCUGUUCAGGAGAUAAAACUGUCCGAGUCUAUAAUCUGGUGAGUCGGAAGUGUAUUGGCAUCUUUGAGGGCCAUUCUUCCAAAGUGAACUGCCUCCUGGUCACUCAGACUUCUGAGAAGACUGCUGCACUCUACACGGGUUCUAGUGAUCACACCAUUCGCUGCUACAAUGUUAAGACUCGAACAUGCUUAGAAGAGUUAAAGCUGGAAGACCGGGUUCUGUGCCUCCACAGUCGAUGGCGAAUUCUGUAUGUAGGACUAGCAAAUGGCACUGUGGUCACCUUCAACACAAAGAACAACAAACAACUUGAAGUCUUUGAAUGCCAUGGGCCAAGGGCUGUCAGCUGUCUUGCCACAGCUCAAGAAGGUUCCCGAAAGCUGCUGGUUGUGGGAUCUUAUGACUGUACUAUUAGUGUGCGGGAUGCCCGGAAUGGACUGCUCCUCAGAACUCUGGAGAGCCAUACCAAGACAAUUCUGUGCAUGAAGGUGGUGAAUGACCUUGUGUUCAGUGGCUCCAGUGAUCAGUCCGUCCAUGCUCACAACAUUCACACUGGCGAACUUGUGCGGAUCUAUAAAGGUCACAAUCAUGCAGUGACCGUGGUGAAUAUCCUAGGAAAAGUGAUGGUGACUGCUUGUCUGGAUAAAUUUGUUCGUGUCUAUGAAUUACAGUCUCAUGACCGACUGCAAGUUUAUGGAGGACACAAAGACAUGAUUAUGUGUAUGACCAUCCAUAAAAGCAUGAUUUACACUGGCUGUUAUGAUGGCAGUAUUCGGGCUGUGAGGCUCAAUCUAAUGCAGAAUUACCGCUGUUGGUGGCAUGGUUGCUCUCUGAUAUUUGGUGUUGUAGAUCAUUUAAAGCAACACUUGCUGACUGAUCACACUAAUCCAAACUUUCAGACUCUGAAGUGUCGCUGGAAGAACUGUGAUGCUUUUUUCACAGCUAGGAAAGGAUCCAAACAGGAUGCUACAGGACACAUUGAACAACAUGCUGAAGAUGAGAGCAAAAUACAUUCAUGAAGUUUUUUGCCUCCCAUGUUGGGAAGUCAUUAGCUGAACUAUUUUCCUAUUAGCCCCUCACACAGGCCACUGUCUUCCUUCCUCAGGGAAAUAGGGAAGGAGAAAGUGGUUACCGGCCAGGCUGACCACUAACGUAUGUCUGGGGAGCUCUGUGCGAUGGUAGGCUACACUUCAAGAUCUUGCAGGAGUGUUUAAAACUUAAACACUUUUAAAGAACCAUAUAGGUUGACAUAGGGAGAUUUGUUAUCAGCGUUCUCCAGAUGUUCACUAAAGAUCCAGAUCUUAAUUGGUUGCCUAGUUUGGCCCCAGUCAUAUGUGUAUUUUAUUGAUAAUGAUUUUUUUUAGGUUUUUUUUUUUUUU